GGAAUUAAUCUAAGAAAAGAUGAUGGAAGCAACAUUGGCAUACAUAUUUCUGUGUGUUAUUUUCCUCUUCAUAGCUUUGAAACGCUUCUCAGGAACAGGAAGAAGAUAUCACAACCUUCCGCCAACUCCCUUCCCCAAGCUCCCCAUCAUAGGCCAUCUCCGCCUCCUCAAGCCGCCACUCCACCGGAGUCUUCACAAAAUCUCGCUUAAAUAUGGCCCCAUUUUCACAGUCCAGUUCGGCGUCCGCCGUGUCGUGGUGGUGUCAUCGCCGUCGGCCGUGGAGGAGUGCUUCACCAAGAACGACAUCGUUCUAGCCAACCGCCCUCGCACCAUGGCCGGUAAGUACCUCGGCUACAAUUACACCAACUUAUCCGGUUCCCCCUACGGCGAUCACUGGCGCAACCUCCGCCGCAUUUGCGCGCUGGAGAUCUUCUCCACCAGCCGUCUCAACUCCUUCAAAUCCAUCCGGCAAGACGAAGUCAAGAUUCUGCUGCAGAAAUUGGUUCAAACUUCGCGACAUGAGGGGCUCGGGACCGUCGAGCUGAAAUCUAGGUUUUCCGAGCUGUCCUUCAACAUAAUAAUGAGGAUGACUGGUGGAAAACGGUAUUUCGGUGUUGAGGAAGACAACAAGGAGGCUAUGGAGUUCAGGGCGCUUAUAAAAGAGGCGUUUUUGUACGGAGGAACAUCCAAUCUCUUGGAUUUUCUGCCAUUUUUAGGGUGGAUAAAUUACAAGAAUCUGGAGAAGAACUUGAAGAAGCUCAGUGAACGGAUGGAUUCAUUCUUGCAAGGGCUAAUUGAUGAGCACCGCCGUGACAAGAGCAGGAAUACCAUGAUUGAUCAUUUGCUCUCACUGCAAGAAUCCCAACCAGAAUACUACACAGAUCAAAUCAUCAAAGGGCUUAUGAUGGUGAUGUUGCUAGCUGGAACGGACACCUCUGCAGUGACAAUAGAGUGGGCAAUGUCCAUUUUGCUUAACCAUCCAAAGGUGUUAGACAAGGCCAGAGCUGAGAUCGACAAUCUUGUAGGACAAGAACGUGCCAUUGAAGAAGAAGAUCUGCCAAAGCUCAAAUACCUGCAGAAUAUUAUUUUAGAGACAUUACGAUUGUUUCCAGCUGCGCCAUUACUAGUACCCCACUACUCAUCUGAUGACUGCAAGAUCGGGGGAUAUGACAUUCCGCGCGGCACAAUGGUGUUGGUGAAUGCAUGGGCCAUUCACAGGGACCCCAAGGUGUGGGAAGACCCCACAAGCUUCAGGCCUGAGAGGUUUGAUGGUGCAGAGGUUGAGUCAACCAAGGUGCUGCCUUUUGGAAUGGGGAGGAGAUCAUGUCCGGGUUCCGGACUUGCUCAGAGAGUUGUGGGGUUGGCUUUGGGAUCAUUGAUACAGUGUUUUGAGUGGCAGAGAGUUGGGGAAGAAGAAGUUGAUUUGGCUGAAGGGAAAGGAGUCACUGCACCUAAAGCAGAGCCGCUUGUGGCUAGGUGCAAAGCCCGCGAUUUUGCUCACAAAAUUCUGUCACAGAACGCCUAGAAAAGAUUUCUAUGGCACCAAAUUGGUGUUUAUGGUUAAGUAGAAGAUGUUUUGUUUUAUAUACUUAGUAUGUGUUGUGAUAAGUGAUGAACACGUACUAUAUAUACACUUAGGCAUAUGUUUAGUAUUCAUUGUUAGGCACGCAUGGCAGCUCAACGUACUGGUUGCAGUGGUAGGGUGAAAUUUGUCACAAGUAUUAUUUAUUGUUAGGAUAUUUUAACUUCUAUGCCUUUACUGCUAAAUUAUAUUGA